UCAACACGGCCCCGACGAAACGUCGAACGAGGAAACGAACGAUUUGCUCGAUUUAUUUCGCGCGCUGUGUUUUUGUUUAUUUGAAGUAAACAGUGUGAUUAGAUUCAGAUGCCGGUUUUGUCGAAUUUCUUGAUUUUUGUGGAAAUAUUAUAGUUAAUUUAGAAAUUCGGUAGUGUUUGAAGUGUUCGUUACAUCUCUGGUUACGAUAGAAGGCUAUCGUCGUGAAAAUACCGGAAACCACACCGCCAUGGACGAAGAAGAAUCAACCGUGGACUGCGGGAAAGCCACAGUGGCCCCAUCAAAACAGGAACGGAACAAAUCCGACGCCGUGUGGGAAACCCUGAUAACGACACUUAUCGACAAGGUGAGCAAACGCAGCUCGUACCUGGAGAAGAUCCUGGACAUGAUCCGGCGGGAUCUGACCUACGAAAAUCCGGGACUGUUUCCGUCCUGUCUUUUGGCCACACCCGGCGAACGGGAUCCGAUUCAGGCGUGCAACUUUUGGCUGAUCAAUCAUUUGCUUCACAUCGCUUCCGUUGAGGAUUUCUUCAACAUCAAGGAAAGCAACGUUUUGCUUCAGAAAGCGAUUCUCUCGGCAAGCUUCGUUAAGCAAGUUUGGUUCCUUUAUGAAGCAACAGAAAAAUACUUGGAUAUUCUGGAUGCACUUAACUCCUUUGAACCUGAUAAGGAGAUAAAGCUAGAACACUUCCAGAUGCCUCAACAUUAUUUCGAGAAGUUGAAUUGUUCCUGCGAUUUUGCUCCAAUAGUGAUCCAAAGCAGCGUGACGAAGGUUACGAUAACGGAGGUUUGUCUGCAUGUGCUGAGUCAAGUUGUGAGCCUGGUUGACGAUUCAACGAACCAAAGACUUCGCGAGCGUUCAGCCAAGAUAGUCAUGUCGACCCUUGUCAAUGGAUCGUUGGAUGAGAAAACGCUUUGCGUCAUGUUUUUUGGACAGUUUCUCAAACUGUGCACGGUUUUUACUCUGAAUUUAGAACAUCUGGUUUUAGAAGUGCUGUCGGUAGCUGAAACUACCCUCGAACGAUUUAAUCGAUGGCUUAGCAGUGAAAUUGUUCGUCUGAGAUCGUUGGAACAAUUUAAGACCGCUCUUGUGGACUUUUACAGCAAAUUGAAUGCUUUAAAGUACGAUCGUAAUCCAUCCGAACUGAAGCAAAAGUUGUUCCAAUGUUCAAUGAAGAUCAUCAAGAACGUAAUGACCAUCAAGAAGGAUGCUGAAGAUCUUAAGUUGAAACUAUUGGAAGAAAUCAGCAAGUUUAUGAAAGCUGUCCAGAACCAGUUUGGUGUAAACAUGGUCAACGACAUCUACGACGAUGUAUUUACCUUAUCCUGUCAGUUCCCCGAUCUUCUGAAUCUCCUGGAAAUUCCCAUCACAAGUGAGCUUAUCACUAACAAAGAUUUAGGUGAUUCGCUGACACUGCAACGAAGUCAUUUCUGGAACAGAGCUCUAGACAUUAUCCAAGAGGAAGACAACAGCUCAAACAAAAUGCAAAGGAUUUAUUUAUGCCAGAAAAUCGUGCAUCUUGCAGCUAAUGUCUUGUACAACUUUACGUGUUGGUUGCAAAAAGAGAGUAACAAAACGACCUAUCUUCUAGCAUUCGGCGGAGACUUCCAAUCUUUCCUAAACACGAUUUUUCAAGUUUUGAGUGAGAUAAAUUUUACCUCUGAUAUUGUACUUCUCUUGCUGGAUGUAUGCUUCGAUGCCACUCUCCUAAAAGACUUUGGAUCUCUGGACGUAGACUUCCAGAAACAGAUUUGCGAAUGGCUGCUAUUACCAUUCGCCAACGAUUCCAAAUCAGCCGACCACAAAGAAAUUCCAAAUAAUUUGAAGAAAAAGUACUACGAUCUGCUUAAGAGUGGCUGUGAUGUUAACACACUUAAAACAAGAUCACUGGAUCAAUUAUGUGCCUUAUCUUUAACCAAUAUCAGCGAUUCCGUAGCUGAGGGCCUUAAGAACAGCCUCUGGGACAUAACACAAAGUAUCGUUCGUUCGGAAGACCUCGCCCAGAAACGAAUGCUCCACCGUUUCUAUGUUAACAUCCUGCUUUCCUUCAAGUAUAAGCCAUCGCAACUCGUCAAUGAGAUCCUAAAUCCAUCGCUCACCGUACCAGAAUUAAGACCCAUCGCAAUACAGAAUCUAGCUCUCCACUUUUGCAUGAAGUCCGCCUCAUUCUCAGUUUUCGAAAUCCGGCGCGAUUGCACCAUACGACGGAAGAUUCGCUGUUUUCGCUGCAAACCCAGUGCCAACGAGCAGGACAUCACCAGCACACAGACCAGCCCCUCCCAGAAGCAGGAACUGUUUGCCCAGAGCGAUGGUAUUCGUCUCACCAUCGACAAUCUCGAUGAAUACGCUCUGUUCGAGCUGUCUGGCGAUACACUGGAAACGCUUUAUCAAUCUGAGGACAGCGAUACACAAGUGGAAAUGGUUAAACUGUUGCCCAUUUUGCUGAAGCACAACGCCGAGCUGGUGACCAGCGAACGAUUGAUAAAAGCCUGGAGUCAUCUCAUAACGUGCAAUUCGGGAGAUGCGUCCAUAACGUUCUCGAAAACAUUUCCCAUUCUGAUGGAUUAUGUUACGAGUUCUACUCUAGAACAACAUACGAAAGAUAAAAUCGUCCAAUCCUGUCUCGAUAAGCUGCUGCAAGCGGUAAAACUUAGCUUGAAGAAGCCGGACUACAACUACCAAUCCGCUGUGAUGAACAUGGUGGUUAAAUUUGCCACCUGUGAGGGCAUUAGCGAAGAGCGUUUGAUGCACUGCUUGCGAAUGUUGUUCUUCUUCCUGAUGCUCCGGGAGUCGGAGGUUUCACGAGAGGCCACCCUCGCUGCAGGAGAAAUGUGCGAACAUCAUGGCGUUACGCCGUUGGAAAUGCUCCAUUGGUACCGGCACGACAUGAUCAAGCUGAUAAUCGCGAUCAGUGCCACGAAUUAUUGCUGCUUUGAAGUGUCGCUGCAAAAAUCGCUCUAUCAUGUUAGCCGGACAUUCCAGUUUAGUGGACCGGUGAAGUUCGCGACUAAAUAUUACAAAAUAAUUUUGGCUAUGUUGCUUCCUUGGUGUGUUAAGCGCCCAAAAUGUGAAAACAUACUUCACGAACUGAGCAACAUAAUCCGAAGGGAUAAAGCCGUACUGUUGUCGGGCUCGUUCCUCACCGUAUACCCGUACUUGUUUAUCAACGAACCGGCGAACAUCACUAAUCAAUGUAUUGACUACAUCAUGACCAACACUGGGAACACGUUGGUACAUCUGCUACACUCCGAUAUAAAGAAAACUGUAGCAGAAAUCCUAAUCUUCUACCAUCUAAAUGCUGAGUGUGUUCUACACGCAUUCCGAAGUCUGCUGGCGAAAGACGAUGCUCAAGAAAUCACAACGGCUCAGAUGGCUGACUACAUUUUCACACGGUUCCUGGGUGUGCUCACCUUCUUCGAAGCUACACUAAUCAAUCCGGAAACGGAAAAGGCUUUGAAGCGAGAGACGCUGCUCAGUUUGGGUGAAAUUAUUCGGCUGCUUGGAGGUGCCCAUAUUACGCCGUUCCGUUUCAAGAUCAUUGCUCUGCUGAAGACGGCACUUUCGUUCGAGGAAGCAACACUUAAAAGUAUUUGUAUCAAAGUUUGGAGGAUUUUUAUCUGCACCGUAGACGUUCAGCAACUCGGACAACUGUUGAGCACGAUAUUUGUAUCGUUGGUUCAGUUUAUCAAUCAAUUUCCUGAGGACAUCAACUAUAUCUUUCACUAUUUAGUUGUGCAAAAUAACAGUCUUCUGAGUCGGUACAUCCCGGACCUGUUCUUCUUGGACGAAACGAAGGUGAACGACGAAAUCAAGGCGAUAGUUGCCAAACGAAUCAAGGCCGAAAAAGAUUACGAUCAAUUUUCGAAUAGGUUCAGCGAACUUAUCAAACAGGUAAACCAUGAGAACCUAUCGGUGCGAGUUUUCGGUUUGAGAUAUCUUAAACGACUGUUUGCCACCAGUCGUAAGCAGGUAAAUGAUGCGACCAUUGGCCAACUUACCUUCAAUCCGAUAGUGGAGAGUCUGUUGGAUAAUCUGAUAAAAAGCUGCAGCGACAUCGAUAUCAAUUACAGAUUACGUGCAUCCGAGUGCAUUGGAGAGUUAGGAGCGGUAGCUCCUAGUUAUCUCCCUCCUAACUAUGCUCCACAAGAUAGUUUUGCACUCAGCGUCCAUUCAGAUGCUUUUGCCAGUAUGGCUUUGGCCGAACUCUGUCGAGCUUAUCAGUUUCAAAAGGAUACCAAACAUGUUGAUACAUUUUCGUUGGCUAUUCAGGAAAUUUUGGUUGAGCGUGGUGUUUCACCCAAGACAGGCAAGAAGCUUGAUGUAUGGGAAGCGAUACCGGAAAGACUCCGGCCAAUUAUGGAACCUCUACUAACCUCAUGUUAUACCGGGCUUGCUAUGACGGCAACCGUUGAAUGUCAUCCAAUUUUUGGAAGUUCUAAGGCUCAGUCCUGCCAAGAAUGGGCAUAUCUGUGGGCCUGCCAGAUGAUUGAACAUCUUGAAAAGGACAACACACAAAAUCUGUUGAAAUCAUUCAAACCUAGCAUCCGGUGUGACAUGAGCACAAUGACUCUGUUUUUGCCGUACAUACUCUUGCACGCCAUACAAGCAAGUCCCGAGAAUUGUCGAAAAAAGAUGGUAGAGGAACUACAAUUCCUUUUCAAUGCCAUCAUGAACAACAAUCCAGAAAUUGAUAGCCCUGAAGAUCAAAGUCAUUACAUUCGAGGCCUUCGUACUCUAUAUUUUAAGGUAGAUGAACACUCUUUACCAGCAGCGGAAAUUGAAACAAGUGACAUGUCCAACGAGUGUGCCAAAUUUGCGUUCAAUCUUUUGGAUUUCCUUGAAAAAUGGAAGCGCCAAUGGCGAAAGGUAUAUCAGCUGGAUGACAGUAAAUCAGACUUCCAUAACGUGGAUUGGUUCCUCAACGAAUUUGACCACAAGAUGCUAGCUGACAUCAAUUUCAAAUGCAACGAAUUUGCGCGCUCGCUGAUGUAUUUGGAAGCGUUCAUAGAAGACGACCCGUCAAGAUUACAGCAGAAUUUGUUUUUCUUAGCCAAGUUGUUCACUCAUUUGAACGAUCCCGACUCGGUGGAGGGAGUCAUGUGCCUCAAAACUACGGAACCAACUCUGGCCGAACAAAUUCUUCUUCACAACGCGACCGGGCGUCUCCAUCAAACGGCGGCAUGUUACGAAAGAAUGCUACAGGUUGGCGAUAUGAGCCCAAGGGACAUUCACAAUAUGGUGGAAUGCUAUCUGCGUUUGGAUCAACCCGAAACGGCUCUACUUUUGUCGGAGAGUCUACUGAAUAAAUACUACGAAAGCAAUGUCCAUACGCUGCUGCAGGAAAUUAAAGCCGAACCACUCUACCGGCUGGGACGUUUCGAAGAAUUGGAAGAACUACUCGAGUCUCCGUCUGUGCAGGACAGUGAUAGUUGGGGAGUGGUUUGUGGCUCUCUGAUGAUAAGCUACCGUAAGAAUGAACACGAGCAGUUUAUGCAAAAGUUGGAGCAAGCGAGGCUGGCCGUCUUGAGAAUGCUGCGCAGUUCGGACCUCAAAAUUAGUGCCUACGAGAAAGGAUAUGAACAGGUUCUGAAACUUCACAUGAUAACUGAAUUUGAAAAAUGCGAACAAGUGCUGGAUAAUGUGCGCUCCAAUGGAUUAUCGCAAUGUCAUAUCAACAUCCAAACGCUGAUAGAAAACUUUGAAUCUCGCUUAGAGCUGCUUCAGCCAGCUGCUGGUACAGUGGAACCAAUUAUAAACCUGCGUCGAAUCCUAUUGAAUGAGACAAAAAUAAUCAUCAACGGACUACCAACCGAGCCUAGCAGCGCAAAUUUGUUGAAAGCAAUCAACGAAACUAUCGAUAGUCACAUUGGUGAACUGUGGAUCAAAAGUACAGAACUCGCUUCCAGGGCGAAGCUUUUCGAACAGGCACAUCUCUACAUUCUCCACGCCGAGAGUUACAAACCCAAAGAACUUUUCAUCAAAAAAGCAAAGUUACUGUGGGAAAAACGUGACGUUGCUAAUGUUUUUAAAGUUCUUGAGCGUGGUCUCGCCGAAAUUAUGCAGACAGCCAAUGUGACCGAAGCGAAACAAUUACCGAAAGAUGAUCGAAUGAUUUAUGCUCAAGGAAAAUUACUGAUUGCCAUAUACAACGCGGAUUCAUCCAACGUAUCCACUAGCAUUAACCAAAAGUGCUUCAAAGAGGCAGUGCUGGCAAAUCCAGAAUCGGAAACAUGUAUGGUUCAAUUGGCUCAGUAUUUGGACAAGCUGCACGCCAACUUCUCCAGCGAUGAUCAAGAUUCAACUAAAGGUUGGGAACUCUUGCAGGACGUGAUGACCUACUAUGGAAAAUCCAUGAUGUAUGGUUCAACCUACAUUUACCAAUCAAUGCCAAAGGUACUUAGUAUUUGGUUAGAUUUCACAUCUAGAGGCGUUCAAAAUGAUUCGUACAGGAAGAUAUGCUCUAAUAUGAACAAAUUAGCCCAACGGUUCAGCGAGACGUUAUCGCCGUACUUCUUCUUCACUGCUUUCUCUCAGCUCAUGAGCCGGGUAGCACAUCCUUCCGUAGAAGUGUUCCAAGUUCUUAAAUCGAUCAUAGUCAAACUAAUUCUAACCUAUCCACAACAAUCACUUUGGAUGUUGCUCAGUGUCUACAAAUCAUCUUAUGCAAAUCGCGUCAAACGGUGCCAUGAGAUAUUCCACGAUAAGAAACUAGCGAAAACCUCCAUGCAGAAGAUGAUCACAGAUUUCAAUGCACUGGCAGAAAAGUUUAUCGAACUAACUAACAAAGAUCUAGGCUCGUCGAGGGAGACUAAGGGACUAGUAUCGUCCGUAGUUAAGUCUCUUCCUAAACUGUUCAUGGAUGGUAUGCUUUCCGAUAUCAUGAUGCCUAUUCAGAAGUGUAUGCAGUUAGUAUUGGAUCAGAAUUCGCCGAACUUCUCUUCGUGUCCAAUGGAUUUGGUUUACAUAAAAGGAAUUCGAGAGGAGUUUACCAUUCUUCAAUCGUUACAAAAACCUCGGAAAAUUACCCUCAUUGGAAGUGAUGGCCGCGAAUACAUUAUGAUGAUGAAACCGAAGGACGAUCUCCGCAAAGAUUUUCGUCUGAUGGAAUUUAACGCAGUCGUAAAGCAGUACCUCUACAAAGACCCAGAUGCGAAGCACCGCCGUCUGAACAUACGAACCUAUGCAGUACUUCCUUUGAACGAAGAGUGUGGUAUCAUUGAAUGGGUUGAAAACUUGAAUACAUUCCGCAGCAUCAUAUGCACGUACUACAAGCAAAGGGGGCUCGGCAUGCCGGCCAAAGAACUCAGAAAUUAUAACUUCAAACGUCAGGAACCACUUCAAAAGAAACGCGACACGUUCCUCAACAUUCUUCUCCCUAGACAUCCGCCUGUGUUUGGAGAGUGGUUCCGUGAUCGGUUCUCGAACCCUCAUAACUGGUUCCAAGCUCGAAGCUCAUACAUUCGAACCACGGCUGUGAUAUCCAUCGUAGGUUAUAUUCUAGGUCUCGGAGAUCGCCACGGUGAAAACAUCCUCUUCGAUGCCAAGAACGGUGAUUCCGUUCAUGUAGAUUUUAACUGUCUCUUCAACAAGGGCGAAACCUUUGAAGUACCUGAAUUAGUGCCCUUCCGCCUCACACAUAACAUGGUCAAAGCGAUGGGUCCCCUUGGAGUAGAAGGCCUCUACCGGAAGUGCUGCGAGAUAACAUUGCGUGUACUGCAGAAUCAGACUCCGACACUGAUGUCCGUGCUGAAACCAUUCGUGUAUGAUCCUUUGGUAUCUUGGAGCAAGAUUACCAAGCAUGACGGCACUACAGAGAGAACUGAUCCUCAAGCGAUGAAUAACGUCAAACACAUUGAAGAACGACUGAAAGGAUACGUGCGAAUACAUGGUAAAACAUCACAAAUGCCGCUCUCGGUGGAAGGUCAGGUGAAUCAUCUAAUAACUGAGGCGACCAAUCAAGACAAUCUGGCGCAAAUGUACAUUGGGUGGGCAGGAUACAUGUAAGAUGCACAACAUUGUUAAGUAUUUGGAAUAUUACAUGUCAUUCGUUUUUUGUAAUAGCA